ACCAUAAAACCACAUAAAAACUCCAUUGAUGCAGCUUCGAAACCAGUUAACCAUAUUCCCUCGUCUUUCCCAUUGAACAUAAUUGUCGCAGCUCAAGUUCCAGGUUGCCGUUGGGGUUGUUGUUUUUUUGCUCCAUUUGAAGUCACCGGCGAGGUGUCUAGUCGCUGAGGAUUUACUUUAAUAUUAGCUCAAUUCAUCUAUAUAAAGAUCAGAGGUGGUGUUGAGGUUUUGGGAAUUUUGGAUGGGUUUAUUUUGCAAAUUGGGUCGGGUUUAAUCGGGCCAUUGCAAAGUUAAUUUGCAAUGAGAAGAAGCAUAGCUCGUUGUCUGGGAGGCCUAAGAUCCUACUGUACUGAUUCCGGAGAUGGAUUUCAGAGCUCCAAACUCAAAAUAUUUGAUCGCCAUCUUAAGCGCAAGCAACGUGAUAGAGCGGCGUGGUUGAUGAAGCCAAAGGACUCUCUUGUUGAUACUGUGGCUGAGAAUCUACUGGAUCGAUUGGAGGAUUGUAAGAAAACAUUUCCUACGGCAUUGUGUAUGGGGGGUUCUCUAGAAGCUAUCAGACGAUUACUGCGCGGACGCGGUGGCAUCGAGAAAUUACUUAUGAUGGAUACAUCAUGGGACAUGGUAAAAUUGUGUAAAGAUGCUGAGCAGCAAAUGCCAACUGAUAACAUUGAAACAUCAUACGUUAUUGGUGAUGAAGAAUAUUUGCCCGUGAAAGAAAAUUCUGUUGACAUGGUCAUUAGCUGCUUGGGACUCCAUUGGACAAAUGAUCUUCCUGGGGCAAUGAUACAGAGCAGAUUGGCUUUAAAGCCAGAUGGCUUAUUCUUGGCGGCUAUUCUUGGCGGAGAAACAUUGAGGGAGCUGCGGAUAGCUUGCACUAUUGCACAAAUGGAGCGUGAAGGAGGCAUCAGUCCACGAUUAUCACCCUUGGCACAAGUGCGUGAUGCUGGCAAUCUCUUGACUAGGGCAGGCUUUACUCUUCCUGGGGUUGACGUUGAUGAGUAUACAGUUCGAUAUAGCAGUGCUUUGGAGUUGAUUGAACAUCUCCGUGCAAUGGGCGAAACUAGUGCUCUACUGCAAAGGAGCAAGGUAUUGAAAAAGGAUACAGCCCUGGCCACAGCAGCUAUUUAUGAGUCAAUGUUUGCAGCCGAAGAUGGCACAAUUCCCGCAACAUUUCAGAUAAUAUACAUGACUGGAUGGAGGGAACACCAAUCUCAACAGAAACCAAAGAAGAGAGGCUCAGCCACAGUGUCAUUCCAGGAUCUCCAAAAGCAAUUUGGCAGUGAUGCAGCUAGGAGAUGAAAGAAUGGGAACUCCAGUAAUUUAGAUGCUCUCUCACACCUAUUAGUUCCAUAAGCACCUUGCUUUCAUUAUCAUGCAAAAUAAAAGGUACUUAAACUUUCAGUAGAACCAGAGUGUACUUCAACUUUUCCUGUCUUUUGAAAAAACCAUUAGUGUAUGUCUCUAUUACGACUAGCUGUUGUUGAAAUUGGAGUGUCAUUGGAUUUAGAAGAGUCCAUGGGUUAAUUUUUCAUAAUUUCUUGAUGUACUGUUGAUGGAUCAUCGUUCCAUUUGAAAUUUUGAGCCAUGCUUGGCUUGUAAAUCCGAAAUGAAAUUGAAUAUUCCCAUCA